UCAUGGAGAGUGGCGGAGGUGGUGGGCUUUGUGGAUGUUGGCGGCAGUCGCGCGAAGAAAAGGCUCUGGGCGCCCCGGAGGCAGCGCGGCCGGGCGCUCAGUGAGGGGGGCGGCGCAGCCAGGUCCUUUCUCCUCCUUGUGAUGGGCGGAUGGAGUCGCGCUGAUUCUCCCGGAAGCCAUUGCAGGGGGUGGUGGUGGUGUGGAAACCCGGGCCUGCUGGUACGAGCGGUGGCCGCCGCCCCCGGGCAGGAGGAGUUCCCUCUCAGCUCCCCCCAGAGUGAAGAUAGCCCAAGUCCCAAGAGACAGCGCCUUUCACACUCCGUCUUCGACUACAUAGCAGCACCAGCACCGCCAAUGCGACCAUGGGAGAUGACAUCGAAUAGGCAGCCUCCUUCAGCUCGAUCAAGCCAACAUCAUUUCUCAGGGGAACGCUGCAACACACCUGCACGCAACAGAAGGAGCCCUCCUGUUAGACGCCAGCGAACAAGAAGAGAUCGAUUGUCGCGACACAAUUCCAUCAGCCAAGAUGAAAAUUACCAUCUUCUGUAUGGACAGCAACAAGCAAUAGAAGAACCCAGAGCCUUCCACCCACCGAAUGUGUCUCCCCGUAUGUUGCACCCGGCUGCUCAUCCACCACAGCAGAAUGCAGUGAUGGUUGACAUUCAUGAACAGAUCCACCAAGGCCCAGUCCCAGUUUCAUACACCGUGACCACCGUGGCACCACAUGGGAUUCCUCUUUGCACGGGUCAGCACAUGCCAGCCUGCAACACGCAGCAGGUGCCUGGGUGUUCUGUGGUUUUCAGUGGACAGCAUCUCCCUGUCUGCAGUGUGCCUCCCCCAAUGCUUCAGGCAUGUUCCGUUCAACAUCUACCAGUUCCCUAUGCGGCUUUCCCACCCCUUCUUUCUAGCGAUCCAUUUCUUUUGCAUCCUCCACACCUCUCCCCACAUCAUGCUCCACAUCUGGCAGCUCCAGGCCAAUUUCUUCCGUUUCAAGCACAGCAGUCACGGUCGCCUCUCCAAAGGAUAGAAAAUGAAGUAGAGUUGCUUGGAGACCAUCUACCCGUUGGAGGCUUUACGUAUCCACCAUCAGCUCAUCCACCAACAUUGCCUCCCUCAGCCCCACUCCAGUUCUUAACACAUGACCCAUUACAUCAAGAGGUGUCCUUUGGAGUACAGGUGCAGACAGAACUGUGUUGGAUGCUUCUCUGACCUUGGAAAAGGGACAAAGGGCAAUUUGGCAGGGGGAGAAAAGGAGACUGAUCCUCCAGGGUACGAGGCAGCCUGCUAGAACUCUGGCCUCUUCCCUUCCUUGCCCAGAGGAGCACAGCUGCGUGGCCAUCUAGCUGACCUGCAAGGCUGGAAGGACAUGAGCUGAACAUUACCUAUGCAUGCUUCCCACUCUGCAGAAGAUGUCAAGAAUGCCUUGAGCAAAGAGGGGAAUUUCAUCCCCUCAUUUCAUCCAUUUUGCAGCUCAGAACCUGAAUUACAGCGCUGAAGGGUACUGUGCUGAAAACUCUAGGGCUCUUUUUUAGUCAUUAUUAGAAUGAC